UCGUAGUUAUUCGGCUGGGUAGUUGUUCGGUAGAACUCAAGCAAUCAUCAGUAAAUGAAGUCUUAACCUCAAAUAAAUUAAUGGAUUAAUUAUCCGGCAAGAAUGGAAAUAUGAAGAAUUCCUUGAGCAAACUUAUGUGGUAGAGAGGAUCCCCCGGUUUAUGGAUUAUCGGACGUAACUAACGACGUACUCGACGUUGAUAAGAAAAGAUGGGCCACGGAUCAAGUCGUUCAGCUUCUUCGGCGAAUAUUUUAUCAGCUGAUGAGCUGACCCUUGUGGAGAACCUCUUCAAGUCGAUGUCUCGGAGUUCAGGUUCAAUAAAACGUGAAGAUAUAUUCAAGCAUUGGUCGACGCACCUGGAUGAAGGACUUCUCCAGUGUGUGGUGCGUUUUCUCUGUUAUGAGCCUGGCAAGAAGGUGUCUGCUAUAAACGGUGAAAAUUUUGGCAAACUCUAUGUCUACGCGGUGAGAGGAAGUCCUGAGGAACGUACAAAUUUGAUAUUCCACGGAUACUGCGAUGAAGAACAAAAAUUGGAGAUACCAACAGCGACAUUUUUAGAGUACCUUCAAGCAACGAUUAACUCAUAUCUAAGAUUACAAAAGAAUUGUGGCAAUGUUCAUCACAAUAGCUGGAGUAAUAUUGGUUGUACAGUGAAUACUCGACGAAUACAGAUGCGAUCAAAAUCCCUAUGCGAGGAAUUAAUAAAAUACGGCGAUGUAUUAACUUCGGAGCAAAUUGAAAAUUGGUACAGUCAGUCUGCGACAUUCAAAGCCAUUCAAUCACACGUAUUCCAGUGCCUCUUUUUAAUAUCUCAAAAGAAAGGUGACAAGAACACAAAUGCACGGAUCAACGACCUAAAUCUUCUACCAGUUUGCAAGGGUCUCGAAAAUAUACCUCAUUUUCCGAGUAUUCUUGGCCUUGGUGAUGUACUUUUCUUAAAUCUCAGUCUACCUCAUGAAUUACGGAAUGAAUGGCGUUUUCUGUUUUCUAGUCAAGUUCACGGGGAAUCUUUUUCAACGAUGCUAGGACGUAUACAAAUGCAGGGAGCUACUAUUAUUAUAAUACAAGAUACUGAUGAUCACGUUUUUGGUGCAUUUGCCAUUGAUAAUUGGUCACUUAGUCCAAAUUUCGUUGGCAAUCAGACAUGUUUUCUAUUCAAAUUAGAUCCACUAAUUCUCACAUUCCCAUCGAGUGGAUACAACAAUCAUUAUCAGUAUUUGAAUCUACAUCAACAGACGAUGCCAAAUGGUCUCUUGAUUGGAGGACAACUCAAUUAUCCUGGUUUGUGGUUGGAUUCUGAUUAUGGAACGGGCAAAUCUAGUCCAUCUUGCACGACUUUUCUCAAUUACGUUCAAUUGAGUGGCAAAGAGAAUUUUACGAUUAAACAUCUGGAGGUGUGGGGCGUGGGGUGUUUGCCAGAGAUCGAGGAGGGCACUAGAGACGCUAAGUCAAUCCUUGAUCAGGAUGCUGCGUCUCGAGUGAUGCUGGAACUUGCUGGUCGAAAAAUGCACAGUGAUGGUUUUAGAGAUAAAACAGAAGGGAGUGAUAAAUAGAUUAGCUUCGCUCAUAUCAGCACAUCGAAAAUAUAAACCGUUAAACCAUUCGAAAUUUAUCACUUUUUUUUCUCCAUCUUCAUUCUUUUACAGAAAUUAAUAAAUCAAUAAAUUUUUAAACGGCCUGAUUUUCUAAACCGCUAUGUUCAAUAUCAUCUCACUAUCUCUGUGCGUGAAUGUUGCACCACGAUGGACUUUGAUGUAAAGAGUAAUAAUAAAGGUUAUAAAUGGUGAAGAUAAA